AUGCCUACCAUCAGCUGUCUUCUGCUGACAGACGAAAAGAUCCUUGUGCUGCGGGAGAAAAGAAUUGUGGAUGCUUGCCUCAGUCUCGAGAGAUAUCUCGACCAGGUAUUGGGGAGCUUGGCAACCCGGCAGGACGCAAUAAGUGAUGGACGUUAUAGCGGUCCAUCGGUCCUGGACAAGGGGAACUCGGUAGGUAUCCUCGUCAAAAUUUCAGUGCUACAGAUUGUUGAUAUUAUCGUGAGCCCACUAGAUCGGAAUGGCGAAGGUUUUGAUCAUCUUCGGAGGGUCUGCGACCAACCAUCCAACUCCUCCACCUCCAUAGGAAGGGCGGUUCGUUGUUCAUACAGAGAUAUUAUCCUAUCUGGCGUUGUGGCCCACGGCAUAACGGGCCGGGCCGGGUUGGGUCAUAAAAACCCACCCAGUGCCUGCACCGAUGAGCGAGAUGCAAAUCAUCUGGGGUGCUGGGGCGGGGGGGAUUUUCAUAUUCGCAGAGGAAGAGGUGCAGGAAAGUCACUUCCUCUGGGAAUAAUGUAG